GCAAAGAAAGGGGCAAACAAAAUGUAUGUUUUGCAAAACAAUAUUCCAUGUAGGCUGAAAUACCAUAUUGCUGGUGUGCGUGGACAUGAUGCCGAACCAUGCCUAAAAGCAAUCCCUGAGGCCGUACGUGAAUGUUAUGUAAUGGUUGAGGAGAUUGAAAGGAAAAAGAAAUAAAAGGAGGAUCGAGCCGCCAUUGGGAGAGAGACAGUUUUAGGAAGAGGGACACGAUUAGGUUGUGUUGGAGGCCCUUCUUCCGUACCUCCAUAUCGUCCCACUUAGUUUGCUACUGCUGGUGCUUCCGUUUCUGCUUCUGCUUCUAUAAGUGGCAGUGCCACCGCCACUUCUCAUGCUCCUAGCACUAGUAGUUGUAGUGGGAGUGCUACCAUUGGACCUAGGAUUCGUAAAUCUAGGUUGGAUUCCUUCUUUGUGCCUCACACUACUCCUGGGUCCCAACCGUCGCUUGAGGGCAUGGGUUGGAAUAAGGAGGUCCAUGAUGCUGCUAAAAUGGCAGUUGGUAGGUUUUGGAGCUACAACUGUAUUCCAUUUUUUGUAGCCAGGUCUCCUUAUUGGCAACAAAUGGUUGAUGCCAUUACCAUAUGCGGGGCGGGGUUCAAAGCCCCUAGUGAGAGUGAUUUGAGGGGACCCAUUUUGUCUCAAAUGGUGGAUGAUGUGAAGAAGGAUUUAGAUGAACAAUGCCAGAUAUGGAGCACUAAAGGUUGCACCAUCAUGACUGAUGGUUGGACGGAUAGAAGAAAUAGAACUCUCCUUAAUUUUUUUGUUUCUUCCGUAGGGGGCACCGUUUUCAUCAAGUCCAUUGAUGCCUUCGCCCGUUGCAAGAAUGCCACCUACCUAUGUGAGCAGAUAGAGGAGGUGAUUGAAGAUGUGGGUGAGGAGAACGUGGUACAUGUAGUGAUCGACAAUGCAGCAAAUUAUGUUGCUGCGGGUAGACUAUUGAUGGAGAGGCACCCAUCUAUAGUUUGGACUCCAUGUGCUGCUCAUUGCAUUGACCUCAUGUUGGAGGAUAUUGGAAAAAUCCCAUGGGUCAAGAGAUGUGUAGAAAGGGCAAGAAAUGUCUGCAAAUUUGUAUAUAAUCAUUCAUGGGCGUUGGCUCUUAUGAGACAAUACACAGAGCAGAAGGAGUUAGCUCGUCCAGGAAUCACAAGGUUUGCCACAAACUUCCUCACAUUGCAGUCCAUGCUUAGGUCUAAGUCUGCCUUGAGACGUAUGAUUGUUGGUGAGGAGUGGUCUUCCUCAUCCUAUGCUACCACCCCUGCAUGGAAAGAUAUGGCAGACUGCAUUUUUGAUGAGCAAGGCUUUUGGGUCCCUUGUGAUGAGAUAGUGAAGUUUGUUAAGCCCUUGGUGGUUUUGUUGUGAGUUGCGGAUGGAGAUAAGCCCGCAAUGGGCUAUAUAUAUGAGGGCAUGGAUAGGGGGAAUUAGGCCAUCAGAUUCGGCUAUGGAGGAGAUGAGAGCAAGUAUGGUCCCAUUUGGGAGAUCAUUGAUAGGAGAUGGCAUCAUCAGCUUCAUAGGCCCAUCCAUGCAGCAGCCUAUUAUCUGAAUCCGGCAUUCCGUUUUAUCCCUUCUUUCAAGGCUGAUGUGGAGGUCCUUAAUGGGCUAUAUGCAAUCAUGGAGAAGAUGGGACCUGUUGGUACUUCUCAGAUAGACUUUUUUUGAGAGCUACAGUUGUUCUUAGAUGCACAAGGGGAGACCUUCUCUCGUCCUGUUGCCAAAGACGGUAGGACAACUAUGAUGCCAGAUCAUUGGUGGAACUUUUUUGGCCCAGAGACACCAAAUAUUCAGAAUUUGGCCAUUCGCAUCUUGAGCCAACCAUGCAGCGCAUCAGGUUGUGAGCGCAAUUGGAGUAUGUUUGAGCACAUACACUCCAAGAGGCGCAAUAGAUUAUCUGUGGAGAAGAUGAAUGAUCUCGUCUUUGUUCACUACAACCUCCGCUUGAGAAUGAGAAAGAAUGCAAUAGUUGACAUGUCUCCUAUCAUUCUAGAUGAGGUUGAUCUUGAAGCAAAGUGGGCCAAUGAUAAUCAGACAACUCCUGGGACUCCUACAGUUGAAUUUAGUGAUGAUGACAUUGAUUGGAUCGACCAGGUAGAUGUAGAGGCUGAGGCUAUAGCCAUGGCAUAGAGCACGAGCAAAGACAUGAAAUACUGAGACUCAAAGUGACACAGCUGUUUUUGAUGUUGGUGAGCAUGGCAUGGUGUCACGGGGAGCGACUAUGGCUGCUGAAUCAUCUAGGACCUACUUUAAAUGCCUUCGCAGGGGGCCAGGGUGAGAGGGUGCACGGCCCUCUGAGCCAUAGGCUUGUACACUUGUAGUUGUAUUUAGUAUUUACUAUUUACCUUUGGUAUUUGUAUGAAACAUUUGAUGAUGAUCAUAUGAUGA